AUGGAUACAGGUUGUGAUGCUCCUCAACCGUCGGAUCCUAGUAAAUCUACAGAUCCAGACCUAACUAUGGAGACAAAUAAACCUUCAAUUGAUGAACUAAACAUUCCUGGCGUUUCCACACGAGAUCUGGACGUAGUUGAGAAAAAUAUUUUACAAAAUAUUCUUGGUGAACGCGGAGAUUCGCGUCCUGAUUUCGAUCUUUUCUCUCGAGUGGACUCAUCUGAGAAAUCUCACUGUGCCACUAGUCCUUCGAACUCCGGAAGUUCCACCGUUAGUGGACGGAUUAGUGAUGAGGAGUAUGUUCCUGUGGACAGUGAGUGCGAAACAAUGUCGGAAGAAUCCUAUACCGAGAUGGGUGAUGCUGAUGAUGCUCCCAUUCGCGAAAGGCGCCAAAAUCUUUCGAAACCGAAGCGAAUCCUGAAAGUUUUUGUGGAGGAUAGCAACGAUGCCGAUUUUGAAGAACGCCUAAGGACAACAGUUUCGUCUGAGAAUGAUGAUGACAGUAAUUACAAGGAGUUGACAGAAUCUCUCAGGAUCUCUCGACAAGUUUGGGAUCGCCUGUAUAAGUAUCAAAAGAAAGGUGUCGUAUGGCUGGCAGGCUUGCAUGAACAAUAUGUUGGUGGCAUCCUGGCCGAUGAGAUGGGUCUUGGGAAGACUAUACAGGUUAUCGCAUUCCUUCGAGCACUGGACGAAUCACAAAAUCAGGAUAACUACAUGAAUUUCAAAGGACUUGGACCAUGCUUGGUUAUCUGCCCUUCUACGUUACUACGACAAUGGGUGAAUGAGAUCCAUCAUUGGAUGCCACGUUGUAGGGUGGCUGUCUUCCACAGUUCCGGUACUUUCAAAGGAAGCAAACGCGCUCUUCUCAACAAAAUGGCUAUCAAUAGAAGAGGAGGAUCUAUCCUGGUGACCACAUACUCAACGUUUCAAAAGCAUAGCAAGUUACUGCUGCCGAUUUCAUGGCAUUAUGUCAUUUUAGACGAAGGUCAUAAGAUUCGAAAUGCAAAAGCUCAGAUUUCACAAACUGUCAAACAGUUGCAUACUCCUUGUCGUCUGAUCCUUAGUGGAACACCUUUGCAGAACUCCCUACCCGAAAUCUGGUCUCUAAUGGAUUUCGUAUAUUGUGGAAAAUUGAACAGUUUGGACACUUUUACUGAGAGGUUUGCAAUUCCGAUUACUCAAGGAGGUUAUGCGAACGCUACGAAGCAACAACUUGCCACGGCUUAUAAAUGUGCUGUCGUACUUAGAGAUGCCAUCAGUCCAUAUAUUCUCCGCCGUUUAAAGAAGGAUGUGAAAAAAUCACUAGACCUCCCAGAGAAGAACGAAAAAGUAUUGUUUUGUGAGCUGUCCUCCGAACAACGCCGAUUAUAUUUAGACUACCUCAGCUCACGCGAAUGUCGAAAUAUUUUCAAAGGAAGACUAGAUCCCUUCGUAGGUCUCACGUUGCUGCGAAAACUGUGUAAUCAUCCCGAUUUGGUUAGUGGAGGACCCAAUCGUCAUGGUGAUUUUGAUGAGAUUGAAGAUCCUACUAAGGCUUUUGGUCAUCCCGAACGCAGUGGGAAGAUGCGUGUUCUGCUACAGUUGCUGACGAUUUGGAAGGAACAGGGAGGUGAAAAGGCGCUUGUGUUCAGUCAAAGCCGUGAAAUGCUCGAUAUCCUUGAGAAGAGGCUGCAGAAUGAUGGGUUCACUUAUCUCCGUAUGGAUGGAAAUACAAAUAUUGGAAGUCGCCAAACAAGAGUCCAAAUGUUCAACGAGGACCCGAAUAUUUUCAUUUUCCUGCUCACAACACGUGUUGGAGGACUGGGAAUUAAUUUAACGGCGGCUAAUAAGGUGGUGAUCUUUGAUCCUGACUGGAAUCCCUCAACCGAUACUCAAGCUAAAGAGCGAUCAUGGAGGAUCGGGCAGGAACGUGCUGUAACUGUUUAUAGGUUACUUUGCGCGGGUACCAUAGAAGAGAAGGUUUAUCAUAGGCAAAUUUUCAAGCAGUUCCUAGCUAAUCGAAUUUUAAAGGAUCCGAAACAGCGUCAGUUCUUCAAGACUAACGAUCUACAUGAUUUGUUCUCUCUUUCUGACGUACAGAAGGAUGCUCUAACAGAAACUGGUACUUUAUUCGCAUCGGAGACCAGCGAAAUUCGUAAGGGCAACUUUUUUGACGACAACCGAAAGAAACACAAGAAGUCCAAAAAGACGGGCAAAACUGUAGAAGAAGAUAGCAAGGACGAAACCCUUCCCUCACUGAGUGAUCAAAAGAAAGCCGAGCUUCGCGAGCGGGCAAGACGUUUAGCAAGAAAUUUGUGCAGUACUACGUCCAAAGAAGGAGAAGCUAGCACGUCGACUACAGAAAACUCAUCUAAGCGAUGUGAUGAGAAGCACCAAAAUCGAAACAGUGUCAGUGUUGUCGAAGCAUCUACUUCCGAUCUGGGUUCCAGGGAUGAAACUACUCGCAGAAAAACUAAGGAGAUGUCAAGAACGGAAAGUGAUCGUAAAUCGAGUGCCGAAAAAUCAGCGGAAGAUAAAAGCAAUGAAGAUUUUGUACUUAGCUGCUUACUGAAGUCAGCCGGUGUUCGUUGUGCCAUCGAACACGACGAUUUAGUUGCUGAGAAACCGUCCGAGUAUCUUAUCGAGAAGGAAGCAGCCGCUGUGGCUAAUAAUGCUGCCAAGGCACUUGGUAAAAGGUCCAACAGAUCAUUUGUUCGAGAAUUUCGCGCGAAAUUCCCGCCAUCAAGCGGGACUGUGCUGUCAACCUCCACCUCCACCGUUGAACAUGUGCCCUUUAGUGGCGAGAAACUUGGCGACAGUCUUUUCGCGGCAAUCCAUGCCAGAAAACGCAAAGCGAAUGAGGGAAGAGCAUCGGAGGUGGUCGUCAAGGACAAAUACGUAGCUAUGGCUGAAAAAAUUCGUGAUUUUCUUGUGAACUGUGGAGGAAAAGCGUACACAGAAAUGAUCUUCGAAAAUUUCAAGGAUGAGUUCAAGGAUGAAAUGCCAAAAUUACGCGCUAUUCUAAGGAAGUUAUGUAAUUUUGACCAUCUCAAAAGAGAGUGGCAUCUUAGAAAUGAGUACAUAUGA